AUUACGUUUUGAUCCAUGCGGGGCUCCUGCGCCUGCACUCGGCACUUGGCGGAGAGACGCGCAGGGCAGGCAGUGGUGUGCUGCUACUGCUGCUGCUGCUGCUGCUGCUGCUACCGUGAGGCUCAGUUCACCACAGUCCUUCUCCAGUCACGGUAAAACAGUUAGGGAUUCCUUCAGUGUUCGGCCGGGGAUGCGCAUCUGGACCCGAGUGUCCCGGGAACAAUUACGCAUCGAGGCGCUGCGCUCUCCCUGUCUCUGUCUCCCAGCCCUCACAGACGAAAUAAUCGCACCGGUUGAGGACAGUUUGGCUAUUUGUUUUUGACAGAAUGGCAGGCGCAGAUUGCCUUCUGAAAACGCCGAGGCGGAUGUCUGCUGGGUACCUGGGACCUGGGAGCCCCGGGAGCACCAGAACGCACCAAUCUGUCAAUCAUCACCGUGUCGUGAUGGAAAGUAACUUCCAGUCGUCUGCCAUGUUUGAAGGCUCAGAGGCCGUCGAGGUGGAGGGAGGCAGCACGGAGAGCACCGUGGCCUCGUCCAUCAGCGCCUGCAAGAAGGUGCUGUGCAGUAACAGUAUGCUGGACUCGUCGGAGUACUGGCUGAGGAAUGAGAAAGCUCUCUGCAGACUCGGCCUGCUGGACGACGACACGGAGGGCAGCUGCACCAUGAUCUGUUUUGUAAAUCUGGACCCUCAGAAAACGGACUAUCGUGAUGACAAAAGCAUCAAGAAAUUGGCAUCGGUGUCUCCAGACCUGCCAAAGCUCGUUGAAUUGCUGACUGUCCACCAGCCGAAAGAAAAUGAGAUCCUACUGCUCGGUGGCCUAGAAGCCUCAGACACUUGCCAAACACACCCUCUCUCCCCAUCUCAGGGUGGACAGCAGCAGCAGAGAAGUACAGGUGUGUGCCUGGUUCAGUGUUCAGGGCAGAGGCGCUCCACCCAACCUAGCAGCAUCAUCUUCGAGAUCAACAAGUUCCUGAUUGGUCUGCAGUGGGGAAAGGAGCAACAGCUUCAGCCGGGUCGAGCAGCCAGGCAGAGAAUCGAUGACGACACUAAUCGUUCCAUCUCGUCCAUAGAAGAAGACUUCCUGACGGCCUCAGAACACCUUGGUGAUGACAGCGAAGAUGAUGGUUUCAGAAAUGAACCAGAGAGUGGUGACCUGGCAGAGAGCUUGGUUGAGGUCGCACAGACACACUGCGUCAGACUUGCAUGUCAUAGGGGACAGCUGGCCCAUCAUCAGAACAGGGAGGAGGCUGAGGUGAAAAGGGAAGGGCAUCGGCGAGCAAGCCUCCAUACUAAGGAAUCAGCUGGUCACUACGCCACCAAUCUGGCCGAGUCAGUACUGCAAGAUGCCUUCAUACGCCUCUCCCAAGAUGAAACUUCCUUUGUCUCUGAGGCUGCUGUCAGCGUGUCCCUCUCUAGUUGUCCUUCCAAUGCCACUGGUCCAUCAAAGACCAAAGAGCCUUCCCAAAAGCGCACUUGUUCUUUUGAACUCCCCAAGAUUGUUAUAGUUCAAAGCCCAGACAGUUCUGACGGGACUUCAGAAUGGCCAGAGACACAGGUAUCCCAUGUGCCUGACAAGGAUAUCACUGGCAAAGCUGCAGAGAUGCCAGAGAAUGGGACACAGGCUCACAUCCCCCAUCAUAAUGGAGGACACCCAUCCAAACAUGUAGAGGUGGCUUUGGCCUGUGCUGCCAGUGUCAUUGGCACCAUUACCAACCCACAGCUGACAGAACAGCUUGCCAUGAAUUCGACUUCAGAGGAAGAUUCUGAGGAGGAGCUGCAGGAACAAGAGGAAAGAGAUGACUACUCCUUCUCCUCAGCCAUGUGUGGCAUGGCUCAGGUAGCUGGUGCUGUAGCAGCUGUAGAGCUAACAGAGGAGUCUGGGGAGUGUGGUGAUUCCGAAGAAGAUUCCGCUGAAGUCUACACGGCAUCCCGUGGUCUGAUGUCUGCUGCAGAAGCCUCUGCAGCCAUCACGCUGCACUGCAGUGUGGCACAGGGUACCAGCGUUGAAGCAUUUCGUGCCAACAUUGCUGAGGUCCUACACAGGGAAGCAGCGGAGGUGCUGACUCAGCCACAAGGCUACAGAAGUGUAGCCCACCUGCUGGAGACCACACAUAACAAGAUAGUAGAUGGCAUUACUUGUCCAAAACAAUCCUACACGGAUGAAAGAGAGAUGGAUGACUUGAUAAAUGAGGUGGCAGACAGCCUAUUCAAGCAUGCUUUAGAGAAAGCAAAAAUGCAAAAAGAACUGGAGGGUACUGGAAAAGAUUCGCCAGGCCUUCAGGGUUUUCUGCAGGAGAGUGUUAACAAUUUGCUGUUUGAUAUACUUCGUCUGACACAGAAGAAAAUCAGUCACAUCUCUAGAUGUGAGCAAGGGUCAUUUGAGAUGCAAGAAGGUGAUACCUGUGCUAGGGAGCCUGCAACCACAAAGGAGAGUAGGGAUCCAUUAGGUCAAUUACAGUGCUUCAUUGGCCAUGGCCAGUCCACUAAUUGUGAUAACCACUGCAGCAUACUACACGGCACAGAUAAGCUUCCCAUGGCUCCUGGGCUGAAGGAGAAAUAUGUGCUUGAGGAAAGUGAAAUCAUUGGAUCGUCCUCUACAGCACACAGCAAAGAGCAGCACCAGUCAUCAUGCAGACAAAGUCAGUCAAAAUCCACCCAUUUGCCUGCUAUGGACUUCUUUGACCACCAGCAGAUCCAACAGGGCAGUGGUGCAAUCAGAGAACCUUUAUGUGAAAUUCAAGUUCAUAGCACAGACAGGAGGGGGCGUCUAGUGACAGGCAGCGACAGCAGACAGGCCUCCCUCACACCCCAGUCGUCCUUCAACUCUUGCAGUUCUCUGCUCUCUUGGAGAAUGGAUUCAGAGUCCAGGACACCUAUUACUUGCUAUGCUGAUGAUUUGGCUGCUACAGUGGUGUCUAUGGCCACAGAACUGGCAGCCAUCUGCCUGGAAAACAACACUGGGAAACAACCCUGGUUCUGUGCCCUAAAAGGGAUGUCUACCGAAGGGCCAGAAGCCUACUUGAUUCCUGCUUGCUGCACAGUGCUCAGGAGGAAAGAGGCUCAGAGUAGCAAUGUUGCCUCCAAGAAACAUCGGGCACCACGCCUUAGUGAGAUCAAGAGGAAAACAGAGGAGCAACCAGAGCUGAUGGAGCGGCUGGUGAACAGGGUGGUGGACGAAUCAGUAAACCUAGAUGAACCGCAGGACCCAUUUGCUCUCUUUGCCUCUGAAGUCACGGCCAGGAUUAUGAACUGCCCUGAGCUUAAUGUGGUGGAUACCUCCAAAACAGGCCAGCCACGCAGUAGGUUACAGUGUGAGAGGUGGAGCCGUGGGAAGGCAUCUAGUUAUGAGAGCAUUCCAGAAGAAGACGCAGACCCCUCAGGCACACUCAACACCCUGGGCCUUGGCAGUCGGUUAGGUCAGAACUUGAGCCGUGGUAGCUCAAUCUCUAAGCAGUCCAGCUGUGAGAGCAUCACAGAUGAGUUCUCACGCUUCAUGGUAAACCAGAUGGAGACUGAGGGAAGGGGCUUUGACCUUCUGCUGGACUACUACGCAGGGAAAAAUGCCAGCAGCAUUCUGACUGCAGCUGUACAACAGGCUGCAUCAAAGAAAAAUGGUCACCUUAAUGUCAGGACCUCAUCCUGCCUGUCCAAACAGUCUAGCACAGAGAGCAUAACAGAGGAGUUCUACAGGUUUAUGCUUCGGGACAUGGACAAGGAGAACCGAGAGUAUGGCAUCGCCAAGACUAAGGAGUGGAGCAACAGCCUGUUCCCCCCUUCCCCUAGAACACCCUUCUGUAUAAGACAGUCCUCUGUCCCAGACCGGCGCUCCUCAGACUCGCGACUGACUGUCAACUCACCCAUUAAAGCAAACUCUUUUGAUGGAUUCGCACGCAAUGUGCAUGGAGACACACUAAAUAUCUUCCCCACCAACUCAGUGUCAGCCACAGGACUGUGUAAGUCAGACUCCUGCCUCUAUCAAAGGGGUAAGACUGACCAUAUUACUGAUAUGCUGAUUCAUGAGACCUGGUCGAGCUCCAUUGAGUCCUUGAUGAGAAAGAACAAGAUUAUUGCUGAUCCAGAGGACAGUAUUGAGCUGGAGGCUGCAGGAGACUCCCAGCCCCAUGUGCAGCAGUUUGCCAAUCGCCUGGCAGCUGACAUUGUAGAUAUAGGCAGGUCUGCACUGGGGGGCCAGCAAGAUGUAGCUGGAGGUACACCUGGGAUGCUCUCACAGCCGCACAUGCCUGUUGGUGAAAGGAGGAGGGGGUUCAAACAAUCUCAUCUAAGUUGUAGUCGGAGAAGGUCCAGCCAGGAGCAAACUGGUACUACAGUAGCAUCUGGGAGGAGUCAUAGCAGCUCACCCCGCAUGAGGGGCCCCAGAGAUGUGCCACUGAUCCACAUUGAGGGAGAUCAGAGGGAUGAAGAGACUAUUUUAAACCCUGAAAGGACAGGAGGAGGACCUGAGGAAACACCCCCAGACGUGUCAACUACCAAGCGUACGGAGAGAGCUACGGCCAACGGCAGCAGCAGUGAGAGGGAAAGGCCAGCUGUGGCGGUGGCUGCAGUAGUGAAGAGCGACAAGCGUUCUAUGAGUGCUAGCAGUGAAGAGAGCAUGGGGAGCUGGUCCCAUAUAACCCCCGAGGAUGACCCCCACGAGGAGACCAGUAGUUUUAUCCAGCUGAGUGAGGGGAAUGGAACCAGCAGCGCAUCCAGCCUAGGCCUGGCAGACCUGGAUGCUUUUUCUGAUGUGCUCACUCAGAGCACAGUAAUCAGUGAGGAGACCGAGAAAGGACAUCUAGCAGGAACAAAGGAACAUGUCUUUGAGAGCAGUUCAGCGAGGACGGCGGGCAGCAGUAGCAACCUCAGGGCGCUGUUGGUGGUAAACUGCGACCUUGAGCCUGAGUGUGUGGACUCGGAGCUGAGAUUGGCCCUGCAGUGGAUUGCUGCCUCCGAGCUGGGACUUUCUGCUCUCUACUUUAGGAAGACCAAAGAGAAGAGGGUUGCAAAGUUCCAGAGGGUGGUUCAUCUGAUGUCUCAGAAGGCAUGGCGGAUUGCAGACUUGUUCAGCGCUGUGGUCCAGUUCUGUAAACUACAUGAGAAAGAGAAAGAGGACCGGUCUCUGUCCAGCCUGUUUGAUUGGCUGUUGGAGACCCUGUAGGGCUCUGCUCUGUAGCUUCCUCAUACUGCAAACAAAGACACUUGUUCGCUCACACUUCUAACAUGUUCCAACCUUUUUGCUCAUCACACCAAGUGUCUCCUACUGUAAACUGACAGCACAAUGCGAUCAGCAUACUUGAGAAAUUCAUACACCUCAAUCUGUCCAUGAAAGCUAUGAAUGGACCAGUCUCCCUUUAAUAAAAGAAGAUUUUCAUCUUCACCUUCACCUCACUAGUGAGACACACACACAGAGCAAACUGUAGGUAUACGGGUUGGACAUUUCUGAUGAGAAUGAACUAGGCUUCACAAGAUUAUAGUCAGCAGAUUUUAACUGCUCCAGAUUAUAUAUAUAUAUAUAUAUAUAAAGAUUCUCAGAACCAAAUUAUGAGUUUAUUUAUUUACUUAUUCCAAAUGAACACACAUGAAGAAAAGAAUAGAAGAUAGGAAAAUCAGGUUAAAUUCUCCCAACAACUUAAUGUACUCAAACCUUUUGUAUCAAAACUACAUUGUAAAAGACGCUGUUGAAAGAUAAGCCCCAAAAAAAACUCUUUCACUUUCUUCGGAUUCGCCAUUUAAUAGUGCACAUUUGCUCAAAGCAACAAAAUGCCCAUAUCUUUGUUGUGUUCAUCGGCCAUUAUACCACCUCUGUUGUGACCUUGAAAUUCAGUUCCAAGUAGGUAUGUUAACUUAUUUAUGUUACAUGAGAACUGAUUAUUUUGGAUAGAUGAUUUGUAUAUACUGUAGAUUUGGAACUGCUGCACCUUGGAGUAGUGGACUGCUCUCUUUAGCUUUUACUAUGUCAGGAAAACGGAGUACGGUUUGUAAUGUUGAAUUUGUAUGUGAAUUUGGUCUGUUUAUUUCUCUACUUAGUGGUACUCUAGUGUUACAUCAGCAUUGGGAAAGAAAAGCACACAAUUCCACUGUAAACUCUGUCACGGUAGAACUGAAUGUAUUUAUCUUUUGACAUCAAUAAAUUUCUGUGAUGUGAAA